GAUGCAAUGUCAUGCUUUUGGAAGCCAAGACCUGACUAAUAAUCACAAACCAAGAAAAACAAUUACAUCAACUGGAGAGUGACGUGCACCAGAAAAUUGGUUUUGUGAUGAAUGUGAGUUUAAAGCACAGUAGGUUUGGUCAGAUACGUGUAUAAAAAGGGAGAGAAAUUCAGGGCUCUCCAUUCGCACCUCCCAGCUUCCAUCCUCACUGAGCUCGGCUCGCCUCCCUCCACCUCACCAAGAUGACUUUCUACUACCAGAACCAGUGGGACGAUUCCUGCUACUCCCCGUGCAGCUACGGCAGCGUGUACAGCUACCGCACCUACGACUGCGGCAGCCCCUGCGGUUACCGCAGCUACGACUGCGGGAUCCCCUGCGGGUACCGCGGCUCCUGGGGGCUGAGCGGCUACCGGGACUGCUACCCCUCCUACAGCUCCCGCUGCUAUUCCCCGUGCUACACUCGCUACACCCGUCGCUACAGCCUGGGCAGCUGCUACCCCUGCUAUAACUAAAGGCGAGAUAGCGAUGCAUGGCUCCAGCGAGAAUCUGAGCUCCUGAGAUGAUGGCUGCGGUCGGGAAUAGCAUUAAAGUGCUUUCAGCUCUCUCCAGCCUCCUCAAACGAUACUGAAUUACCUGCAUUAGGGUCAACUCUUCCUUCGUAGCCUUUCGUUGUGCUCAUGCUGCGUGUUUAGGUGCAGAGCUUUGCACCAGGAGGUGCAGAGCUCAUCCCCAGAGCAAAACACCUGCUGUAAAGUGUGGAAACUGCACUUAAAGAACGUAUGCAUCCUGGGAUGUUCCUCCUUUUCUGCUUAUCUGUACUUGCUGUAUACAUUGCUUCUGCUUCUCAUUAA